GCUCCUUCCCUGUGGGCUCCACCCAGCAUCUCUGCCACCUGGAAACAAAGCCUCUUCCAUCUAGAUAAACGCAGCUGGUAAUUGUGGUAAAGUUGUAGACAGAGGAUCAGCUGCCAUCAUCUCCUCUGGCUCUGAACUGGAGUGACCUGGAUGUGGAAGCGGAACAGGGGACCACAUCUGCUUUAUUUUGGUUACAGCAGCGAUGGAAACAGAGAAUGCUCUCAUCUGCACCGGGGGGGCAAGCUAGCUAACUUUUAUAUCUGCUUUUAGUUUCUUUGACUGCUCCACGAUGCGUAUUUAAUAAGCAUGAAAGGAAACUCCUCUUGGUUUGUUGUUUGAACCAAACCCAUCCUGCAGAAUGGAAACCAGCAGCAAACAGAGGCUGAAAACAAUGUUGUUAGCUAGUUAGCUAAGGUUAGCCAGCCUAGCUGCUAGUUAACUAGUGGGCUGUUUUCCCACUACAAGCUUUACUGCUUAACAGUAGAUAUAUCCAUUAGGCAACCAAGUGGCUUUUUCUCCAAGUGACAAACUUUUUCUCUCAUAGUUUUUAACAUUUCCAAGCAAACCGCCGAAGCUAGCUAGUUAGCUAGCCAGCGGCGAUCAAUUUCUGUGCGAUCCCUUCUAAAAGUCUUUGUCGGCCAUGGCUCAGGAGGCCUUUCCUUUGCAUGUUCUCGUCUGGAACAAUCAGUACCUAGAGUUGGACCGUGAGCUGCAGAAGAAAGAGGAGGUGCAGCAGGAUCUGGAUCGACUGGAUCCGCGGGGGCGCACCCCUCUGGAGCUGGCUGUAUGUCUGGGCCACCUGGAGUCCACCCGGGUGUUGCUCAGGUACUCUGCAGACCCGACCUAUUGCAACUCACAGGGUUGGACCAUCUUGCAGGAGGCGGUGAGCACCGGGGACCCAGAGCUGGUGCAGCUGGUGCUUCAGUACAGAGACUUUAAGCGAGCUACUGAGAGACUGGCGGGCAUCCCGGAGCUUCUCAGCAAACUGAGACAGGCGCGGGACUUUUAUGUGGAGAUGAAGUGGGAGUUCACCAGCUGGGUUCCCUUGGUGUCAAAGGUUUGCCCCAGUGAUGUCUACCGGGUUUGGAAAAGCGGCUCAUGCCUCCGUGUUGACACCACCCUCUUGGGCUUCGAACACAUGACUUGGCUAAAAGGACGGCGCAGCUAUAUUUUCAAGGGUGGAGAUGAUGGUGCAGUGGUGAUGGAGGUGGACCAUGAGAAGCAGGUGGUUUACACUGAACCCCUGGUGUUGUCCCCUCGUGAUGCACCCUCCCUCCUGGCAGCCAUGCAGCCUUCCCAGGAGAACACGGCCCAGAGGCUCACAUCGCCCAUCGUCUCCACACACCUCAACACGCGCAACAUUUCCUUUGAGCGGAACAAGUCAGGAAUCUGGGGCUGGCGUUCUGAGAAGACAGAGGUUGUCAGCGGUUACGAAGCCAAGGUUUACAGCGCCACCAAUGUGGAACUGGUGACCCGUUCGAGGACGGAGCAUUUAUCAGACCAGGACAAGUCAAGAAGCAAAGGCUCAAAGACUCCUCUGCAGUCUUUCCUGGGAAUCGCAGAACAGCACACUGCUCAUAACGGGAGCAACAUGUCCCAGUGUGCCAGUCCUCACAACCCCACGGCCAUCACUGCCGAGGAAUACUUCAACCCCGAGUUCAACCUGAACGGCCGGGACAUCGGACGCCCCGUCGAGCUCACCAGCAAGGUGCAGAGGUUUAAAGCCACACUCUGGCUGAGUGAGACACACCCUCUGUCCCUGGCUGAGCAGGUGACGCCCAUCAUAGACCUCAUGGCCAUUUCAAACGCCCACUUUGCUAAACUGCGAGACUUCAUCACCCUGCGGCUCCCUCCAGGCUUCCCUGUCAAGAUAGAGAUCCCGCUCUUUCAUGUUUUGAAUGCCAGAGUGACGUUCAGUAAUCUGUGCGGCUGUGACGAGCCGGUCAGCUCGGUGACGGUUCAUCAGCCGGAGAACCCUGGAGAAGCUGGGCAGUGCCCCUCUGAUUUCAAUUGCGAGGUUGACCCCUCUGUGUUCGAGCCCCCUCCGGACUACACCACGCUGGGGCCGGGCCGCAGCGAGCCCCUGAGGGAUGAGGAUGACAACCUGCUGCAGUUCGCCAUCCAGCAGAGUCUGCUGGACGCUGGAACCGAGAGCGAUCAGGUGACCAUCUGGGAGGCGCUGACUAACAGCCGCCCGGGGCCGCAAUCUCCGCUGUAUGAGGAAGACUCUCAGCUGGAAAGGGCGAUCCAGGAGUCCCUCUCCAUCUCUCUGGCCAGCAGAGAAGGAGAAGAGACGGCCGACCCCGGCCUGCCGUCCUCGUUGUCCCCUCAAGACCCCGCCUCCACCCUGCCCCUCUCCUACAGUGCUGCCACCGAUCCGAGGCUUUCAGGACACCUUGGCGUGGCGAACAGCUUCGACGAGCAGCUGCGGCUCGCCAUGGAGCUGUCAUGCAGGGAGCAGGAGGAGAACGACAGGAAACGUAAGGAAGAAGAGGAGGAGCUGGAGAGGAUCCUGCAGCUGUCUCUGACUGAGAAGUGAUGCUGCCGCACAGCAGCUGCACACUGAAGAACAAUCACCUUAAUUUAUUCAGUUUUAUUAUGGAAUCUCUAUACAUUAAUUUAUUCCUUAUAUUCUAUUUGUUUUUCUCACAUGAAGGCUGCUAACAGAAUGUAGGAAAUGUUAAGAGUCUCUGGAAACAGUCACUCUGAAUACAAUACUGUACACUUUAAGUGAAGGAGACAAAAGGGAGCGUUUUCUUUUUUUUAUUGAAUAUUUUUCACAGUCUUGCUGUUCUUUGAGUGAUGAUUGAUCCUUAAGCUUAUAUGAUCCACUAAACUAAUGAAGACACUAAAACACUAAAACAUAAUUCAGUGUAAAAACAACAACUUUAAAAUCUUUAUGUUGGACUACUCAUAAGUAUGAAAAAUAAAGAAUGAAGAUCAUCCUGGAUUAUGGUCUCUGUGUUUUCAACUUUCAUUAAAAUAUUUUACAUGUU